AUGCGCUGUAUCAAGAACAGAAUUGAGCACAAGGGCUCAGGCGAAGUCACGCUGUGUCCAGACGAGCCUGAAGACAUGUGGCAUGCAUACAACUUGAUUCGACCAGGAGAUAUUCUCCGCGCUAGCACUAUCCGAAAAGUUACAACGGAACAAGAUGCCACCGGAUCGACACGCUCGGCGCGUGUCCAUCUCAACCUUGUGAUUCGCGUGAAGAACCUCGACUUCGAUCCGCAGAGCUCCCAACUACAUGUUUCGGGGCAAAUUAUGAACGAAACACAACACACGAAAAUUGGCCAGUACCAUACCCUCGAUCUAGAAUUGAACCGCAAUUUCACAUUAGAGAAGGAGGCUGGAUCAGAUGGAGGGGGUGCUGGCUGGGAUAGUAUUGCCAUCGAGUCGCUCAAGGAUGCAGUGGACGAAGGAGGGAAACGACGCGCAGAGGCUAUUGCGGUGGUCAUGCAGGAGGGACUGGCACAUAUUUGCUUUAUUGGCCAAUUUCAAACGAUAAUGAAGCAAAAGGUUGAGAUGUCUGUGCCGCGGAAACGGCAGGGUGGAGGUGACCAUGAUAAGGGAAUGAACAAGUUCUUCAAAGUUACACUCGAAACGCUCCUUCGCCAAAUGGAGUUCAAUACCAGCGUCACUUCGGGCUCCAACAACGAGGCGGUGCGUCCUGUUCUACUGGCAUCGCCCGGAUUUGUCGCAUCAGGCUUCCAAAAGUACAUCCAGUCCGAGGCGACGACGACAACACCCGGUCUAAAAAGACUCCUACCUAGCCUCGUGGUUGUGCACUCUGCUUCGGGAUAUACGAACUCGCUAUCGGAGGUUUUACAAUCACCUGCAGUCAAGUCACUUCUCGCCGACACCAAGUACGCCCGUGAAACCAAGUUGAUGGACGAUUUCCUGGAGCAACUACGCAAGGAGACCAGCAAAGCCACGUACGGCCCCCGCGAGGUCGAAAAUGCAGUCGAUCAGGGUGCAGUCGGCCGCGGUGGUGGUGUGCUCAUUAUUUCAAAUCGCUUGUUCCGGUCACAAGAUAUCGCUGAGCGUAAGCGCUGGGUUACACUUGUGGACCGUGUGCGGGAUGUAGAGGGCGGCGACGUGCGGAUUCUCAGCUCCGAUCAUGAAAGUGGAAAGCGUCUUGAGGGUUUGGGUGGUAUUGCUGCUCUUUUGACAUUCCCUAUUCAUGAGGAGGAUCUAGGGUCUGAUGAAGAAUAG